CUGAAUUGUCAAUUGAGAAAUGCUACUUUGAAUUAUGGCUCAAACAGACUUCCAUACUUUAUGCCUCGAAUGAUUUGAUCAUUUUAGUAGAACUCCAAUCAGAAAAUUGUUUUAUGAGGAAAGAAGUCAGAUCAAAACCAUAAUACAUUUCUUUAAAAGAACAUUAGAACCUUUAGAGAAAUUGAUAAAACACUCAACAGCAUCUGUGCUCCAAAGGGGGGCAGGUCACGAUGACACCUGGGAGACCUAAAGGUAACAAGCUCUGGAACAACUUUGGGUGGCGCCAGAGCGCAAGAAAUGAGGGCGCGGAUGUGAAUCUGCACAAAUAAUCGAUUUAUCCUCCCAGAGAAUCUUUUUUUCUAUCUUUUUUUUUUCCUCUGACCGUCUUCACAUCGCGUCUAGAUGAUGAGAGCGUUCACGGCGCGCGCGUGGAUGAGCCAGCCAUCAGAGCAUCCCACGUUGCUCCAGACCCAAUCAGUCUUACUUUGGAAAAGCUGGAGCAUCUUGCAGCGCUCCCCCCUCUUCAGUGAAAAAAACAUGGCUAAGUUUUGUCAUCUGAGCGGGAGAAAGUGAGCUUUGCGCGUAAGUGGUGAGAUUACGGACGCGGAGGGCUGCGCGCUCCAGCUCCGAUCCCCGCGCUUUGAAGAUUAGAGUGCUGACGACGUCUGAAGGACAUUAAGAAAGGGGGAUUAAGUACUGUGCAGCGUAACCUACUUCUCAUCACUCCUGCAUUUUGUCCUUUUUAAAAAUUUGCGCAAUGACCCUUGGAGCGCUUGGAGAACAGCGGGUGCGCCCGUGAGGUGGACAGGCAAUAAGGCUUGACAGAAGAUGCAACGGGGGAGGUGGCUCGUCAGAUGGAUCGGGACAGCAAUGGCAAUCCUCUCGUUGCUUAGCCACAGCUGGGGCCAGGACGUCAAAGACUGGCAGUAUGAGGAGUGUAAGCUGUCCCGACCUGGCCCCCCAGCAACUAUAGUGACCAUCGAUGAGGAAAGCCCCAACGGAACAGUAUUGGUGGAAAACAUGCAGAUCUACGGCAAUGCCCAGGAUCCCGGCAGAACCAUCUCACUGACGCUGCUCGACAACUAUGAUUACUGGGUAAUAUUAGAACCAGCAAGGCAGAGACUCUACCUCAACAGCACCGGGCGCAGGUUGGAUAGAGAUCCCCCCAACUCCAUCACCUCGAUUGUUGUCCAGAUCCAGUGCAACAAUGAGAUAGUUGGCACAGUCAUUUACCACGAGGUCCGGAUUGUUGUGAGAGAUAAGAAUGACAAUGCCCCUCGCUUUCAGCAGCCGCACUACUACGUCUCUGUAAAUGAGCUCACACCAGUUGGAACGACUAUUUUCACCGGCUUCUCAGGAAAUAACGGUGCCACGGACAUUGACGAUGGGCCAAACGGACAGAUAGAAUACAGCAUCCUAUACAAUCCAGCAAAUCCGGAAUCUAACGGGACAGUGAGAAUUGGAAACACUCUUUCAGGAACCAUCCUUCUGGCAAGCAGACUUAACUAUCAGGAGAUGACUCGCUAUCUGGUUUUGAUCCAAGCCAGUGACCGUGCUCCAUUCAUUCCAAACAGAUUAACAGCAACCACGACUUUGACUGUAGACGUCCUGGAUGGAGAUGACCUGGGCCCUAUGUUCCUGCCAUGUAUUUUGGUGAACAACACUCAGGACUGCACUCCCGUCACCUACCGGACUGCAAUCCCAGAGCUCACCGAGCCGAGAAAGCUAAACCCCCUGAAUGUGACUCCACCCAUCCGGGCCGUGGACAUGGACAGAAACAUCCAGCCCCCUUCAGAUCGACCCGGCAUCCUAUACUCCAUCCUGGUUGGCCAACCAGCCACAUACGCAGAGUAUUUCUCCCUGAACAGAAGCACUGCAGAGCUGCUAGUUCUAAAGCCAAUUAGCAGGGACUUCUAUCAGAGAUUCACACUCAUCAUCAAGGCUGAACAGGACAAUGGUCACCCUCUGCCAGCCUACGCUGACCUCAUUAUUGAAAUCCUCGAUGAGAACAACCAGGCGCCGUACUUCCAGUUUGCUACCUAUCAGGGUUACGUGAGCGAGUCCUCCCCUGUGGGAACAACCAUCUCAGCCAGUGCCAACCUCACUGUCCCCUUGGGAAUCAUCGCUUUGGAUAAUGACAUUGAAGAGACGAAAGACCCUCAGUUGAAGAUUACUCUGAAUGAUUACAUCACAGUGUUUGGCCUGACUCCGACGGGAAUCACUCGCUUCUUGAGGCUCCUGGAACCUGUGGACCGUGAGAGGCAGAUGUCCUAUACCUUUACGAUGAUAGCAUCUGAUGGUGUCCAACAGAGUAUCCCAGUAACUGUCAACAUCCUGGUUAUUGAUGCUAAUGACAAUACGCCGACCUUUACGAAAGUGUCCUACAACGUUGAAGUCUUCACCAACAUGCAGCCAGGGGAGACGGUGCUACAGUUAACAGCCACAGAUGCUGAUGAGGGACUGAAUGGUCUGGUGACCUAUGAGAUACUGGCAGGCGGCCAAGGAGAUUUUAUAAUUAGUAAUCGCACCGGGAGGAUCACCGUGGCGCCUGGCGUCACUUUAAUCGUGGGACGAUCAUAUGCACUGACUGUCAGGGCGUCUGACAGUGCACCUGAAAACCAGAGAAGGAGCUCCAUCACAACAGUCUACAUUGAGGUUUUGCCCCCCAACAAUCAGAGCCCCCCACGCUUCCCCCUCACCACCUACAACCUGGAGAUCAGUGAAGCAAUGAGGAUUGGAGCCAUUCUUCUCAAUGUGCAGGCCACUGACAGAGAAAAUGAUCCGAUCACAUACCACAUUGUGAGUGGAGACUCCCAGAAGGUCUUCAACCUCUCUGAAACGAUUGGCCUUCUCCUUCUGAGCAAGCCUCUGGAUAGAGAGACCACUGAUCAGUACCUUCUGAUCAUCACUGCCUCAGACGGACACCUAGGAGGGAUAUCCACGGCGACAGUCAGUGUAGUCGUCACCGAUGUCAACGACAACGAUCCCAAGUUUAACUCCACAAUCAACACCAAUUUUACCGUCCAAGAAGAAAAGGCCAAUUUGUUCGUAGGACAAGUCAGGGCCACAGACCCCGACGCAGGAGCUAACGGACAAGUGUACUACCGCAUCAUCAGUCACCCCAACUUGUUUGUGAUCACUUCCAAUGGAAGCAUUUACACAAAAGUGCCGCUAGACAGGGAGUCCAGAAGCCAGUACGACCUGGUGGUGGAAGCCUCAGAUGGCGCGGUGGACCCUCGACGGACAACCCUGGUCGUCUCCGUCCAGGUUUUAGAUAUCGACGACAACAGUCCAGUCUUCUCCAAGCAAACCUAUGUGGUGAAUGUACCUGAGAACACCCCAGUGGGAACUGUGGUGCUCAAUUUAAGUGCAGUGGAUGCAGACCUCUUCUCCAAUGUCACAUACCGCAUCAAGACAGAAUCUGCCAGACAGCUGUUUUCUCUGAACUCUAUCACAGGGGAGCUUGCUGUUCUGCAGACUCUGGACUUUGAGGGCCUGGCAGCUAUGGGCAUGGGAGCGUCUUAUACUUUCCAGGUGGAAGCCGUUGACCAAGGAGGGGUAAUGCCCCCAGGUCAAGCUACAGUGACAAUCCAAAUCAAGGACAUGAAUGAUUUCUCACCCAUCUUCAGUCAGGACCUGUACAAAGGCAUGGUGGCGCCAAAUGCCGAGAAAGGAACUGUCAUCACCACUGUUUUUGCUGAAGACCAAGACCCACCAGGCACUCCGGCAAGUUUUGUCCGCUAUAGAGUUGACCUGGAAAGGUCGCCGUACAGCGGAAGCAUCUUUGAUGUGGAAGAGGUGACUGGGAGAGUAAUAACCAAGGUCAAUCUCAAUGAAGAGCCCAGUGUCACCUUUAAGCUUUUUGUCAUAGCCUUUGAUGAUGGGGAGCCGGUGAAGACUAACAGCAGUUUGGUUGAGAUCACCGUCCUUCAGCCAUCUCGCAUUCCGAUCUUCACCGAGGAAGAGUACACGUUUUCCCCGGUUAGAGAGCUGGUUCCAAUUGGUACUCCAGUGGGGACUAUUCUGGCUGCGGCUAUCAACCAAACCAUCUUCUACUCUAUUGUUGGGGGAAAUGAACUAGGACACUUUAAAGUAAACAACCGUACAGGUGUCAUCUCUACAGCAAAGCUUUUGGAUUAUGAAAACGUGACCAGCUACGUCCUCAGGGUCCAGGCAGACUCUUUGUUGGUCGUCAUGUCCAACCUCCGUGUGCCUUCCAAAACUAACACAGCCAAGGUGUUCAUUGAGGUGGAAGAUGAGAAUGACCACGCUCCCGUCUUCUCCAGGCAGCUGUACAUUGGUGGUGUGACAGAAGAUACCAAGAUUUUCAGCUCUGUGCUCAAGAUAGUGGCCACAGAUAAGGACACAGGAAAUUACAGUACCAUGGCGUACCGUCUGAUCAUCCCGCCCACAGCGGAGGGUCAGGACAGCUUUGUCAUUGAGACCUACACAGGUAUCAUCAAGUCAGCCAUCAUGUUUCGAAACAUGCGCAGGUCCUACUUCAAGUUUGAAGUCAUUGCCACAGACAACUAUGGGAAAGGUCUCAGCAACAGCGCCCAAGUUGUGGUUUCUGUAGUCAACGCCUUGGACAUGCAGGUGGUGGUGUCCACUGUCCCCCCCCAUUUAGUGGAAGAGAAAAAGGAGGAGCUCAUUAGUAUCCUGGAGAAGCAUGUCCAGGACCAGAUUCCAGGUGCAAAGAUUAUCGUUGAGUCCAUUGGACCGCGUCGUCAUGGUGAUGGCUUUGAGCUCGAAGACUACAGUAAAUCAGACCUGAUGGUGUAUGCCAUUGACCCGCUCACCAAUAGGGCCAUUGCUCCGCAGGAACUAUUCAAGUUUCUGGAUGGAAACGUGCUGGAAAUCAAUAAAGAGUUCCAACCUUACCUGGGUGAGGGCGGCCGCGUCCUCGAGAUCCGUUCCCCGAACAUCGUGGCCAGCGUGAAGAAGGCCGCUCAGGCUGUGGGCUACACAGAGGGGGCCCUGCUGGCCCUGGCAAUCAUCAUCAUCCUCUGCUGCAUUCCUGCGAUCCUCAUCGUCAUGGUCACCUACAAACAGUUCAAAGAACGUCAGGCCGAGUGUGCCAAAACUGCCAGGAUUCAGAUGGCUUUACCACCUGGAGGGAAGGCAGCUCCAGCAGCUGCUCCGACUACUAACCUCUACGAAGAGCUGGGCGACAGCAGCAUACUGCAGGCUAAAAAGUGUGACAUUGAGGAGGCCCACCACCCGAGGAUUUUUAGUACCCUGGCCCGUCGCACCAUUGCAGCCCACAGCAACGGAGCAUUGUGCGUCAACUUGCCCAAAUCUGAAAGCAACGUGACCCACCUCUCUGAUGUCAACCCGCUCAUUACCCACAACCCUGUCUACGAUGGGAACUUCGGCAGCUACGCAAUGGGGGAGAAUCCACUGGAAAAGUGGUUCUCUUUCUCUCCAUCGCACUCGACGGGGUCGGGGUGCGGCUGGUCAAUGCCCGCCCGCAUUCGUGGAGACGCGCACAGCUACGAGGGGCUGAGAAGACAGGGUCUUCUAGACCAAACUGACUGGGAGUUUCAGCUGCUCCGAGGAGCCGCGAGAGACAAGCAAGGGUCAAAGAGUUCAGGCUCACUUAGCCUGAGCGAAUGCGCAGAGAAUAAGUUGUCGGUUCGUGAGCAAGCCCGGCAGUUUGAGCAGCAGGCCUUCCAGCAAGAAGCCCUCAAGCAAAAUAGAGAGUUCUGCGGCUCCCUCUCUUCUGUUCUUGUCAGAGACAUGGAGAGCGAUGACAUGCUGGAGUUGACCUCAGAAACCCUGCGCUCCAUCAUGGAUUACCCCCACAGUCCUAUAUCUGUGGGCAGGGACGUGCCCCCCAGCAUUAUCAUUUCCAAGGCUGAUGAGUCCUGGCACCUGUCCAGCCAGAGACCAACCCCACCUGUUCUGAGAAAGUUCAGCUCCAGCAUUUCCAACUACAUGACAGUGCAGCCAUGUCAGAUCACCGUGGAGAUCAUACCAGACCCACCUGACAACCCCCCUCCUGCCCCUCCUCAUCCGCCGUCCCCACCCGUACCCCCGCAACCACCGACCCCACCUUCUUCUCCUCCUCCGUCUCCGCCUUCUAUCCCUCCUUCUGCUCCCCCUUCACAGAAACUGCAGUGGACCCCUCCUUCCUCUCCCUUUAUUAGUAAACCGCCCGCUCCCCCACCUCCACCUCCACCCCCUCUUCCUCCCCCUCUUCCUCCCCCCUCACCUUCUAGCGAUCAGCUACGCCCAGUAGUCCAGUUCGUUCCAGCCAGUUUGCCCCCCGUGUCCUCCCUUCGCCCCGUUUCAGAGCGAAAGCACCCCCCUCGUCUCGCCUCAUCCGAAGCCGAGGCCGGGAAAGGAAAGGAGCUCAAAGGAAUCCUGAAAAACAUCCAGAAUCUCGCUGACAUUGAGAGAUCAGUUGCCAACCUUUACAGCCAAGUAGACAAAAAUUGCAAGGUGCCCAAGUUCAACAAGAAACCGCAAGUGACUGAGGAAUCGGCGAACAAACAACAAAGGUCUGACUCAGGUGAUGAGCAGAGCUCGCCAAGAACAACAACAGACUCCAGCUUUGAAUUCCAAAGCAGUCAAACAAGUCUGAACUUUGCUGAAACUGGAGCAAGCCAACUUAACAUGGCAGAAGAGCAGACAAGCCAAUUUAGCAGCCCAAACACUGCUGAGCUCAGUGAACACUGUUCCUCUCAGUCCACUGUAUUCUGAUUUUUUCUUGUUUCUAUAUUCUCAUUAUUUUCAUCUCCAUGCCUCUUUUCAUUCUGCUAUUUUUACAGUUUUUUUGCAAAGUUGGCAGUAUUUUAUACAUUUGAUUACAAAAAUUAUUAUCAUGCCUUCCAUAGAUAAUAAAAGCUUUUUCUUUUUUUGAUAAUCUGUGUGAAAGCCACAUUUUAGGCACAACCAAAGAAAUGUAUUCAGCUACAGUAUGUUAUAAUGACUUUAACAUUUUUUAUAGCCUUGAACUAGAUAAAAGACCCUUACAAAAUCUCUGUGAGUUUGAGGGUUUUUUUGCAUCACGUCAUUAGCUGAACUGAAUUUUCAAAGUGGUUAUUGUAGACUUUACCAGAAUGUUGGGCUUAUAUUUUGGUUUUUAAUAGAGAUGUAAAAGAUAUUAGAUUUGUAUCGAAAAAUCGAUUGGGCAGUGAAAGUAACGGCAGUAUUGGUUAGUGAUGUAAAAAACAGAUACACAUCGAAAAUUGAUCAAACAAAUGCAGUAUCAUUUGAAAACCACAGAUAUGAAAAAGAUUAUGUUGGUUAAAAAAUAUAAAAUCAAUUUAAAAUAAUUGAUUUCUGGCAAACUGCAGUUUCUCUGUUUAUUUUUCUACCGUAUUUUUCUUUAUAUGUACAUGUGAUCCAAAUUAAAGCAAGUCCAAUACCUGAAUAAAACCGGAUUUUUCUCCACACCCCUAAUAUUCAUGAUUAAAAUUGUUAACUUUUUUCAUGAAAAAAAAUAGUAAAAAAAAUAAAAUUGGUUUCUAAUAUCUCUAAAUCUGUGUCAAUAAAUGUCAAGUGUUGAAUAUGAUUGGAAACUCAUAAAGAAAGUAUUUUGGUGUUAUUAUUAUUAUAAUACAGACUACAGGUUUAAAAAUAAAUAAGAGCCUAAUUGCUGUACAGAUGUGUCUGUUUGAAGGCAAAUUGCAUUACAUUAUGUGAGAGCCCAACAGGAUUAUGUUGAUUGAGGGCAGUCUGCUUGUGUGGAACAUGUGUGCUCACAGGCCUGCAGAGCUCCUCCUAGAAUGAUAAAGUGGUCGCUGUGAUGUUUAUGCAUGCUCUGGAAAAGCAAUUAGGGAAUUAAUCAAUCGUUAACCAGUUUCCAUGAGACUGUCAACCAGUGUUACUGAUCCUUCUCCUCUCCCUUUCUUUGGACUUGUAUGUGCUCUUGUUUAGCUAAAGCACGCUCACACCACGUUGCACAUUAGAUUUCAUAUUUUCAUGUUGCACGGGUUAAAGUGGGCAUGACAAGUCCCUUCUUUCUGCUGUUAGUUGUUAUGCUUUCCAGGGUUUGAUCUGCCCUUGUUAAUAUUAUCUUGUCAGGGGACUCUCCUUCUUGCUGUCAGCAGUUUUCCUUUCCAGGGCAUUCUACAAAGGUUUCAUAGUCAUGCAAAGAGACAAGCCUAUAGUUUGUGUUUUUCCAUGUCAUAUUAGAAGAU